CAUGUUACUCCUUAAUUUGAGCACACCCCCUUCACCUUUUUUGGUGUAUCCAAGACAAAGUUGCAAAGGCACAUUUUGAAGUGAGCCUGGAGACAAGAGGUUGUGCUGUUGCUGUUCAACAAAGACAGUUUCCUCCAAGAAACAAUGGCAGAAUACAAGCUGAAAGUGACAACGGGUGAUAUGAAGUAUGCAGGGACAAUAGACAACGUCUCCGUUAUCUUGUUUGGUGCAGAGGGGCAAAGUGAAUGCGUUAAACUCGACAAUUAUGGAAGGGACUUUACGACUGGGAAUACAGGGACAUACACUGUAAAAACUACAUCAACCCUGGGGAAACUUCUCUUACUAAAGGUGGAGAAAGAUCGCUUUUUCAUCUUCCCAGAAGACGAGUGGUACUGCUCCAAAAUCGAAGUGACGACUCCAGAAGGGGAGGACAUUGUUUUCCCAUGUUAUAGAUGGAUUUCCCGUGGGGAAAAUGUGGAGCUCAGAGGAGGGAGAGGCAUGAAAGCUUUCGAGGAGGAACAUUCCCUGCUGAUUGACCACCGAAACAAAGAACUAGAACUUAGAAAGAAUGAAUACCAAUGGGAGGUUACUGAUGAUAGGUUGCCACACUCCAUUAACUUCAAAGAUGUCUCCGAACUCCCUGCAGAAGUUCGCUACUCUUUGUCCAGAUCUGAAGAAGCACAAUCUACAAAAAGGAUGAUUGGGCUUGAACUGAAAUUUAAAGGACUGGUUGGAUCGUCUCAAAAAUGGAAAAGCUUUGAUGACAUGAAAAGGAUCUUCUGGUUCAAAAAAACAAACCUAUCAGAAUAUGUUUCAGAGCACUGGAAGGAAGAUGACUUCUUUGGAUUCCAGUUUUUAAAUGCAACAAACCCCAAUGUGAUCAGCCGCUGCACCAAACUUCCUCCAAAUUUUCCAGUGACAGAUGAGAUGGUUAGACCUUUUCUGGCAACUGGAACCACCCUGAAGAAGGAGAUGGAGAAAGGCAACAUAUUCAUCUGUGACCAGAAGAUAAUGGAUGGAAUACCAGCCAGAAUAGAUGAUGGAAAUCCUCUGUAUGUGACCGCUGGUUUGUGCUUGUUCUAUGUGACACCUGAGGGGAAACUGAUUCCAAUUGCAAUCCAGCUUCACCAACAGCCCUCUGAGCAGAACCCCAUCUUUCUGCCAAGUGAUCUGGAAUCAGACUGGCUUCUGGCCAAGUUGUUCUUUAAAUGUUCAGACGCAAUUGAAUAUCAGACGGUCCAUCACCUCAUGAACACUCACUUCCUGGCAGAGGUCUUUGCUGUUGCUACUCUCCGCUGCUUCCCAACCAUUCAUCCUCUUUAUAAGCUGCUGAGCCCUCACCUCCGUUACACUCUGCACAUAAAUAUAGUAGGCCGGAAAACUCUUCUUGGACCUGGUGGGCCUUUGAGCAAGACCUCGCUUGGAGUGGAGGGCUUGAAUGAGCUCUUGGGCAGAUUUCUGUCUGGGAUGACCUACAGCUCCCUCUGUCUGCCAGAGAACAUCGCUGCACGGGGACUGGAAUCUAUUCCAAACUUCUACUACAGAGAUGAUGCAAUGAAGCUGUGGAAUCAUAUCAACAGUUUUGUGAGGUCUGUGGUGGAGUUCUACUACACCUCAGACAGUAUCGUGUGCAAAGACACAGAGUUGCAAGAGUGGAUCAAUGAGAUAUUCACACAUGGUUUCCUACAAAACAAGCAGGGAGGUUUUCCAUCACGCUUCAAUACUGUGGAUGAAGUGGUCAAGUUUAUCACCAUGGUGGUCUUUAGAGUGUCAGUACAGCAUGCUGCUGUUAAUGGUGGACAGUAUGACUACAACUCUUGGAUGCCCAAUGGUUCCCUUAUGUUAUGUAAACCACCUCCAUCCACUAAGGGGCAGUCCAGCAUGCAGACUAUUCUGGAUGCUCUCCCAAAUAUUGGAGACACGGUAAAUAUCGUGUCAACUACUUGGAUUCUUUCAGACAACUACACUGAUGUGGUCCCGUUGGGUACAUACCCAGAGGAGCAUUUCCAAGAGCUGGCCCUUAAGGAGAUGAUUCAGGAUUUUCAAGCUGAGUUGUCUUACCUAGGAGAAGAAAUUACUGCUAGAAAUGCUCAGCUUGAAGUACCGUACCCAUAUCUGAACCCUGCGGUGAUAGAGAACAGUGUAACCAUUUAGAAACAAGGCCUGCAGAUACUUGCUGUUUUUCUGCUGGCUUCUCCUGUUAUCAAGGCUCUUUAAGAUGACUAUGUACUGUGUGUUGUGUUCUACUUUUCAAUGAUUGUAAAUUUAAAUGAUUCGGGGUUUUUUCACCAAAGUAAAUGUUUUGUUUGUUGCUUUUGAUUAUUGUAAACCUAGAUACAAAUCCAGGCUUGCAGAGGCCAAGUGAGCAUAACCACAGUUAGGCUUCAUAUUUGUUUUUCUUUACAACUUUGUAUAAUCAUGUAUUUUCUAUAGUACUUCCUAAGCCAUGAAUGCUUAAAAUAAACUAUAUUCAAUAAACAU